AUGCUCGGGCGCCUGAUUCGUGCGAGUAUAACGCACUCAAGGCCAUGCUAUUUUAUCGUAUCUGGAUUCUGGAGUGAUCUAGCUGCUCCGAAGCAAUCGUCACACCAGCUGACGUCGCUUUCUCUUCCCAUCAAUGUUCCCUUCGCGUGUUCGUUUCUGCCUCGUCCUGCGAAGGGCAAUUGGGCGUUCCGGGUGGCGCCGCAGAAGUGCAGAGCUGCAGCGGUGCCCGAAGCAGACAUCGAGGGCUGGCUGCAGGAGCAGAGGGCCCUGGACGAGGGCGGCGAGCUCUUCGUGAGCCUGCACCGGUUUCUCUUCCUGGCGCACGCGCCGUGA